ACAGUACAUCACACUAUUUAACAGCCCUGAUUUGCAUGUGUCCUACAUCAUUUUGUAAGUUAUUAAUCUUUUUUUCUAAAAAAUGGCAGCUCUAAAUAUCCCUUCUACUUCAUCUCCUGAGUACAAAGCGUUUCAGCAAUGUUUCGAGAUAAUAACCCUCCACGUCCAAGGACAGCUUAAUUCCAUGCGUAUUUCCCUGUUUCAGAGAGGCUACAUCGAUGAUUCUCUUCUAGAGGAUAAUAAUGGAACAAGCGAGGAUAAAGCAUUAAAGCUGUUGACACCACUUUUAAGGCGAAUUCAAUGGGACACUAGUGCUUUUCAUGGAUUUGUUGAGAUUCUUAAGAGUGGAGGACCCAGUGGGAACGAAAUUACUCGAGUAUUGCAUGAGCGCUAUCAAUCAGAGUGUAAACGAAAAUGUGAGCCUAAUGCCCAACAACCUCCUGCAGAAUUACUAGCUUCAAGCUCCUUUUUUAAUUACAACGUUGAAAAAAGGGGAUGCGUUGAGUAUGAUCAAGAUUUCAUGGCUUUCUGCAAGAGGUGUAUUGAAUUACGAUUUUCAGUUUCUGCAUUAGUUGCUGAUCAUAUUUUUCCGAUAUCUGAUGACCAACGUACAGCACUUGGUAACAUCGGGAUCAAAGUUUGCACAGAGAAUGAAGAAAUGCUCAAAACAGAUGGCAAGAAAGUAAGCUCUCAAAACAUCUCAGUUCCCACUAAACAAGGAGGACAAUCUCCAACUUGGAGCACACACAAUGGCAAAUAUGAUUAUGGAGCAUCAGGAACAACGGAAGUUUUACUAAUCACAUCCAAUCUCACUACCCAAGAUGAGAAUGUGGUACAGAGAAGGCCAGUGGGAGAGCUAACAGAUGAUGAUAGACAGAAACUGGAGCAUCAAGGUGUACCAAGAGACUGUCACCAUGACGACCUGAGUAUUAUGAAGGCAAGAUUCAGCCUAGACAAGGCGGAGAAGAGUAUUGCUGAAGUAUUGAGAGAUGAUGGAUCUCUGACAUGUGAGCAGGUCACUAAGAAGAUAACACAGCUAAUGAAUGAAACUGACACAAGUGGAGUUGUACUUCACUACAUUGGCCCUGGAAAGAAGGGAACGGGAGACUGGUGCUUCAGUGAUGGCUUCAUCAGCUUCAGGGAUAUAAUGCACCUCUACCUACAGAAUGCAUACUUCAAAGGGCGUGUUCUGACCAUUGUCAGCAACUGUAGCUACUCUGGGUUUUGGGUGAAGGAGGCCAUGAAGUUCCUGGAUGAGCACGGAGUGGGACCUUGUGGACACACUGCCAAGGAGAAGGGGAUCCUCGUUAAAGUGUACGCAUCAUGUCUGGCUAAUGAGAUUCCUGCUGAGCUAGCAUUCUCUACUCGCUGUGCACAAAAUGAUAAGAACACUGGAACUGUUCAAUACAAUAUUACAUUACGAGGGGAAGAGAUUCACCAUGGGCAACACACUAGUGGACUAGACUUCACUGAAGUUCAAUGCAAGAGCAAGAUUGACGAGCCAUGCACAAGGGCCCCUGGGUCAACCUGGCAGCAGUGGAGCACUGCACAGAGAGUCAAGAAGGUGAGGGGUAAGGACAAAGGUCGAUCAGCAUGGCACUACGUCCUGCUAGUGGAUGAUGAAGAAAGAAUCAGGGAAUACCAUGACAAAAUAAAGGAGGGAAGUCUUGAUAUUGCUGACUAUGGUCAGAUCUUGAAGAGUGGGUGGGGCCAGGACCCACCAAAAGAAACAAAGAAAUGGAUCGAAGAGCAAUAUUUCGUGAACUAUGACUACCAACCACCAUCAAUUAAAUUUAUCGAAAUUGAAGGUAUCCUAGAUCUAUUCAGUAUAACUGCCAUUGGCAAGAAAAUUAGUUCUGAAAGUUGUUCAAUUUCUACACAGGACAGUGACACUGACAGUGACAGUGGCAUGGCAUCGAUUCAAGUAGCUAAUGGAGACUCCCCUCAUUCCCCUCAUGGGCCAUGGGGACCAAGAGAGAGUUUCCGCGUUCUGAGGUCCAGUAGGAUUCAUCAGCGUGCUCCAACUUACAUCAAACAUGGUACGGAAUUUAUCGAAUGGGACAGCUAUUCUGGUAACACCAUUGAUAGUGCAGCGGGGAACAGAGAUGUCAUUCUCAUUAUAUCCAAUGUCCUCCAAUCUGAUACUGUCAUACCGAGAAAGGAAGGAGGUCCAUUGACUCAAGAAGAAGAAAAGAUGCUGCUGGAUCAAGGAGUACGCAAAGAUUGCCUCCAGAGUGACCUGCACAUAAUGAUGAUGCGAUACAUUCUAAGUCGACAAACAUCCAUAUAUAAAAUCAUCUCAGGAGAAGACAUAACAGCAGAAGAUUUCAGGAAGCAGUUAGAGGUUCUCCUGAAGGACACAACAAAAGCUGGAGUUGUGCUCCACUACAUUGGCCCUGGUCAGAAGGGAACGGGAAACUGGUGCUUCAGUGAUGGAUUCGUCACUUUCGGAGAGAUUAAGAUGCUCUAUAGCCAAUUCUUCGAAGGACGUGUUCUCUCCAUUGUCAGCGACUGCAGCUACUCUGGGCGAUGGGUGAAGGAGGCUAUGAGCUUCAUGGAUAAUCAAGGAGUGGGGCCUUGUGGACAUUUGGCAAACGAAAAGGGGAUUCUUGUUAAAGUGUACGCUUCAUGCCAGGAAAAUGAAGUCCCCACUGAACUAGCCUUCUCCACUCAUAGCAUUACCAAUGACAAAGAAACGGGAAACAUAAUAUUCAAAAUCCAUCUUCAGAGCGCUAAGAUGGAUAAUCAAGAUCCGAGUGGAUUAGAUUUCACUGGAAUACGGUGCUCUGAGCUGAUAAGUCAGCCAUGCGCCUUGCCUACAGGUGCUAAGUCUACUUGGAAGAAUUGGAGCGAUAGCGAAAGAGUAAUACAUGUCCGCAUGGCGUUGAGUGAUGGCGGCAAGCCGGAGGCUAUGUGCGAGUUUCUAGUGCUUUGCAGAUAUGACGACAUUGCUCAAGCGCUCGAACAAUUCAAGCAAGAGUUGAAAGAUGGCACAGUACAAAUGCCAUCGUUGCGCGAUGGAAGUAAUCCCUCAAAUGAAGUAGUUCGUGGAAAUGUCAUUGUUAACUACAUGUAUAGUUAUGGGCACCUUUAAUGCUAACAUAAUAAUGUUGACUUACCGUUAUGCAUGGUUGCAAAAACUCAGCACUUGCACGUGUAUUUUACAUUAUCCCCCUUUACACAUCUUGUAUGUAUAAAAUUAUCUUCAAUGUUAAUUGCUAUAAUUAUAGUUUCAUAUUAUGUGAAAAACAAGUUUUAUUGACAAAUAA